GUCCCGUGUUUACCAUACCACCAGGGCUGUGUUUCUCGCAACCGGGACAAACAUUAAUAUUUCGGUCAGUGCCUGAGCCGGCCUGAAGGGCGGAACCACCCUUGCGGAAUCGUCUGAACACUAGCACCACACCCUGAGCUUCACACCAGGUGGAUUCGGACCACUCCGGCCGACAGCAGCCGCUUAAAUUCGCACCAAGGAGACCUGAUGGUGUACGCAGCAAUGGAUGAGACUGAAAACCUUCAAUUAACGCCCAAAGCCUCGGACUAUGAAAUUAUGUCUGAUCUGGGUCAGAGCACCGGCAUAUUUGGCAUUGUGGCUAUGGUCAGGCACUCGCCCACAAACACACUCCUCGCUGCCAAACGUUACGAGCUCGACAGACUGACCUCUGAGGAAGAGGAUCUCAUAAGGUUUGAGGUGUGUAUGGCGAAGCAGCUGAAACACCCCAAUGUUUUGCCUUGUGUGGCCAGUUUCGUGUGGGACCAGUCAGUUUGUAUUUUGUCUCCUCUGAUGGACCUAGGUUCCUGCAAUGACCUUAUCACAAACUACUUUCCAAGCGGAAUUCCUGAGCUUGCAGUUGCCUUCAUUUUGCGCGAAGCAUUGCAUGGCUUGGACUACAUUCAUCAUCAGGGAAUCAUUUUAAGGAGCAUCAGAGCUAGUCAUUUGUUUGUGUGUCAAAGAGGCAGAGUAAGAAUAGGGGGUCUUCGUUACGCUUGUAGCAUCAUUAAAGGCGGCAAGUGGCUCAAGUGUCUGCACGACUUUCCCUCUAGCACACUGCCAAACCUUAAUUGGCUGAGCCCUGAAAUUCUCGAACAGGACAUGAUGGGUUACAAUUCUAAGUCAGACGUGUUCAGUCUCGGAAUAACAACUUGUGAAAUGGCCAAUGGCAUUGUCCCGUUCGCCGACAUGGAACCUCUUUUAAUGCUUACUGAAAAAAUUGGAGGACGUUGCCCUCAACUCUUGGACAAAUAUGCAGUGCCCUACCUGACAGAAACAAGCAGUCAGCAGCCUGACUCAGGAGUUGGAACAAGUGCAGAAAUGUCUGAAGCUGAGGAAGCUGCACUCAGUGCUGUUGAGAAGAGGGAGUUUUCUGAGAAUUUCCACCACUUUGUAGAGAUUUGUCUGUCGAGAGCAUCAAACGUGCGACCAUCUCCCGCCCGCCUUCUCAACCACACUUUCUUCAAACAGUGUCGGAAAGGCUCCCUUGCGGCAGUGCUGUCUCCAUACUUGGCCAAUCAAGCCUGCGCUGCUAUCAACCAUGACAUGCUCACUGAUAUGACCGCCGAGAGAAUUUCUGACCUUCAACUAGACAGUGUGCAAUGGAACUUUUAAAAUGUGAAACAAAUGAAUGAAACUGCCAACUCUGUAAAAAUAGAUCUUGUAUUGGUACAGCACACAAAUGUGGCAUCAUGUUUCAUACAUAAUGGCUGUGAUGUUAUUAAUUUUUGAUUCACGUGAUGUGUCACAAAAUAUAUAAAAACCUGGAAACCUCGAUUGAAAACAAG